AUGAGUGAUGUUGAAUUCGACGAAGGCUACUCUGGGACUUAUAUCUGCCUUUUGUGUGAAACUGUCAACAAAUCGGCGGACAAUUUAUUUGAGCAUCUACAGACCCAACAUGAUUGGAAAAUUUUGCCAGAAAUUGACAGGUUCAAAGAUCAAUAUUCUUGGAUUACAUUCGUCAAUUGGGCCCGAUCGAAGAAACCGCGAUGCUGGAGCGAAUUCUUUGACCUGUCCGAAGAUGAUAGGCAAGCAUUUCUCAAGCCAACACUGUCGGAAGACGACGUUCUAACUAUCGAUGUGGAGUCUCUGGCCAAUCGUCACGACAGUGAGAACAACGAGUUGGUUGACAUGGAGACUGCCUCUUCCAAGAAAACCUUGGAGCAAUUACGGGAAGAGAAUAUCGACCUGAUCUGUCAACUAAAUAAGUGCAGAAAACUUUUAGUCGAAACUAUUGACGGCCCAUCCUCCUUUGACUACGGUGCUGGAGAUCAUGCUGGUUCUUUCCAAAUAGACCUCAAUGGAGAUAACAGUGUUCAGUUGCACCCAUUCAUACCCCCUUAUGGUGGACUUCCGACGGCCCUACUCGCGCUCCGUGAAUCUAUCAGCCACGGUGCCUAUCGCAACUUUUUGCAGCUCAAUGCCGCUAAGUUGUUCGCAGGGAAGACCGUCCUCCAUUUGGCUGCCGGCCCGGGUCUCCUGACGAUGUAUCUGGCCAGUGCUCGACCGAAACGCAUCUUUGCGGUGGAAGCCUCAAAAGACCUGGCAAUGGCCAUUCGGCAGGUGGCUGCAUCAAACGAAGUCGAGAAGUGCGUUGAGGUCUGCGAAGGCAGGGUGAAUGAACUGCAGAAGUCAUCCUAUCGAGGCAGCGAGCUCGACAGUGCGCACCCGGACGAUUCCUUGGUCAAACUCAAUAACGAGAAGGUUAGUCUGACUGUGCUUGACGUUCCUCCUCAAGGCGUUUAG